ACGUUUCAUCAAAACAAAGGCACAGCAACUACGCGAGAGGCCCGGGCUGGCAUUUUAUCGUGAUAAUUCGUAGCGAGUACGUCACGUUUCUGCGUUAGUCAUACGUGUACGCGCACGAAGUAAGUCGCUCGGUUGUACACGCUUUUUCGGAUCGUUGUACUAUUCGUGAUUGUUGUUUAACGAAAGCCUAGUUUUUUUUUUUCCUUGUGCAUUAGAUAUGUCAUCCUCGAUGAAAUUUACGUUGGAUGAGCUCUUAGGAGAAUCAUGGGUGGAAGUGAAUCCGAUAUCUGCUGAAAGGCGAACACCCUUGCCAUUCAGUAGUGGUGGCGAAGAAUAUCUAAGACUUUUGAGGGAAGCACAGAGAGAUUCAACGCAAUCGUCCGCCAGGCAUUCUUUAGCAUCCUCACGUCGAGAUACUCCUAGAGACAGCCCGAAGAGUCCACCUAACAGCCCGAAUACGGAACUUUCUACUGAAGAUGAGCUCAAAGGGGUCUACAUAAAUUACAGCUGCAACAAGGAAGGCGAACUAUUAGACAAAAGUAUGGAUUGGAUUUACGAGUGGAGCUCACGCCCUGAUCAGGCACCACCGAAGGACUGGAAAUUUAAGCAUCCUCUUGGUAUAAAUAAGAAAAAAACUUACAGCAUUCGUACUGCAAAAGUUGGUAAAAAUGGAUUGUUUUCUAAAGAAGUACUUUAUACUUUAAUCCUCACGAAUGUUUUGUCCUUAUUAAUUGGAACUGGUCUUGGGGUUUGGCUUACCAGGCGAGGUCUUCUGUUGUCCCGCGUUGCCAUUGAGUGAAGAUAACAAAGUGAUCUUAAUUAGGAUUGUCGCAUUCUAGAUUUGCAAGAAAAGGGGAGGGGAAUAUAAACUGAUAAUUGGAAAGCAUGAAAGACUGAAAAGCAGAUUGGGAGGCGAUAAAGCCUAAAAAAAGAUACAGAAAAAAGCGCAUAAAUUUUUGAAGGUCAAUGUUAGCACCUUCUUCUCUAAAUCCUGCUCCUCUUCGAUAAUACGAUACUUCUUGAGUAAUUUGUAUCACUUAAUUAAUGCGCGUCGUAUGUUUAAGGAAAACAUAAAAAAAAAAAAAGUAAAAUAAAUUAAUAGAAAAAAGAAUAGAGAAAAGAAGAGGAAAAGAAAAAGAUUAUACUAUAUAACGAAAAUAUUAAAAAAAAUAAAAAAAUAAAAAAAAAUAAAAAAAAAUAAAAAAAAAAUGAAAAAAUAUAUAUAUAAGAAAAAACAAAAAGAAAAUAAAAAAUUAUUUACAGUAGUCUAGAUUUGUGCGGGAAAAAAAUGUGUCCAUUUUAUACCAUUUCUAAUGCGUUUCUAUUUGCGAUAGUCCAUAGACAUAGCUUGAAUAAUAUUUAUCAGUAACUGAUUAUUGCCUGUUAGAUUGGAAGAAACGAGCUGGAAUGAAAGAGCAGUGUCAGUAACGAAUGAAAGAGAACGAGAGUAAGACUUAGAUUGAUUGUGUUUUAAGUAUAGAAGUGCACAGAUAAGGAAAUAAAAUGCGAGAAUUCUCAUCAUACUAUAAA